AGUUUGUCUUUUGCUCGGGUUCAAGAAGUUGAUAGAAGAAGAAGACUUCAGAGCUUAAAAGAAGCUCCACGUAGCUCCUCAUCGUGACCCACCGAAUACUACUUAUGUAAUUCUUGAUUCCUCGGCGUUAUAGAUCCUUCUCGUCCUUCAGCUUGUUCAUUGAGUAAAGGUAGAAACAAAACUGGCAAAUCACAAGCAAUAGUAGCCAUGGGUAGAAGACCAGCAAGAUGUUAUCGCCAGAUAAAGGGCAAGCCUUACCCAAAAUCUCGAUUUAAUCGUGGAGUACCGGAUCCAAAAAUCAGGAUUUAUGAUGUUGGAAUGAAGAAAAGAGGGGUUGAUGAGUUUCCCUGUUGUGUGCAUUUGGUCAGCUGGGAAAAGGAGAACGUUUCUAGCGAGGCACUGGAAGCUGCGCGCAUCGCGUGUAACAAGUACAUGGCAAAAUAUGCUGGAAAGGAUUCUUUCCAUCUCAGGGUCCGAGUGCACCCUUACCAUGUACUCCGCAUCAAUAAAAUGCUGUCCUGUGCUGGAGCUGAUAGGCUUCAAACUGGCAUGAGGGGAGCUUUUGGUAAGCCUUUAGGCACUGCUGCUCGUGUAGCAAUUGGUCAAAUUUUGCUUUCAGUCCGAUGCAAAGAUGCCAAUUGUAAUCAUGCUCAGGAGGCCUUGCGCCGUGCAAAGUUCAAGUUUCCCGGUCGUCAGAAGAUAAUAGUCAGUGGGAAAUGGGGUUUCACUAAAUUCAAGCGUGCUGACUACAUUAGAUUCAAGCGGGAGAACCGCAUUGUACCUGAUGGUGUCAAUGCCAAGUUCCUUACUUGCCAUGGACCUCUGUCUGAAAGGGAGCCUGGACGAGCAUUUUUGCCUGCGACUGCUUAAGAAUUCAAUAGAAUAAACGACACGGUAUCACGAGGUUGCAAACUUGAUUGUGUUUGAUUAUAUUUGGGUAGUUGAAGCUUUUGAAAUGGCACGUAAUCUAAGCCUUUGGCUGGUGCUUUUAGAGAUAUAUAUUUGUGUUUAACUUUUACUGAGUGGGGUGUUAGUGUUAAUUAUUGCAGAAAGCAAUCUAAUAGUCCAAAUAAUGCACAACUCAA